CGAGAUAGAGCGAGAUAGAUCUUGCUUUGUCUAUCGAUCACGGGAUAAAAGCGAGGUGCGCCGUUUCCAUAAACGCAGCCUGAAGCUCGAACGCAGUUGGAGGCGUUGGAGCCACAACGCGAUCAUUGACUUGGCUGUUUUUGGCGUCGCCUGGGUUUGCUUGCCGCAUCCGUUACGAUGGUUGUUUGUCCAUUAACUCCCGAGAUUCUUGAUCAGCUACGUGUAAAGUUUUAUGCCGAUAGUCGCAACGUAUUGGCACAGAAUGUCUGUACGAAAACGAAUCCUAUCGAGGCUUGUGCUUCGAGAAAGAUUCUAGAGGAGACCCACCAUGUCUUCACUCAUAAGAUUGAGACUGAAGGCAAGCCUGUAACUAAUCAGAAGAACUCUGGAAGAUGUUGGCUGUUUGCCAUCUUAAACGUCAUGAGAACUAGCUUCAUGAAACAGCAUAAUCUAGACGAGUUUGAGUUUAGUCAAGCUUACCUAUUUUUCUGGGAUAAGGUAGAACGUUGCAAUUACUUCCUGCACAAUAUCGUAAACACUGCGAAGCGCGGCGAGGCGGUCGAGGGCCGUUUAGUCAACUUCCUGUUGACCGAUCCUACCUGCGAUGGUGGCCAAUGGGACAUGAUUGUGAAUCUGAUAACUAGACACGGUGUCGUGCCGAAAACGUGUUUCCCGGAAUCAUACAGCUGCGAAUCCAGCGUUCGUAUGAAUAGCCUACUGAAAAGCAAACUAAGAGAAUAUGCCAAGGCUCUGCGAGACAUGAUCGACAAUGGUGCGUCUGAUGACGAAUUGAAGACACGAAUAAAUGAGCAGAUGAUGGUGAUCUAUCGAAUAAUCGGCAUCUGUUUGGGUGUACCUUCUGAGAAGAUUACAUGGGAAUAUUACGACAAGUCGAAGAAUUACAACUGCGUGGGCCCGAUCACGCCACUAGAGUUUUACGAGAAUUGCGUGAAACCGUAUUACAAUGUGAACGAUAAAGUAUGCCUGGUAACCGAUCCACGACCGGGCAAUCCUUAUGGGAAACUCUAUACUGUAGAUUGCCUGGGAAAUGUCGUGAGUGGGAAAACUACUCGCUACAAUAAUCAGCCAGUAGAAUUAUUGAUGAAACUGUGCGCCGAGAGUAUCAAAGAUAAUGAGCCUGUUUGGUUCGGUUGUGAUGUUAACAAAAGAUUAAUAGAUAAACAUGGUAUUCACGAUAUAAACACUUACAAUUUCGAACUAAUGUUCGGCACCGACAUUCACCUCGGGCUUUCUAAAGCCGACAGAUUGCUCUAUGGAGAUUCUAUGAUGGUACACGCAAUGGCAUUUACGGCUGUUUCAAUAGAUAGAGAAGGUAAAAUAAAGAAGUUCCGGAUAGAGAAUUCAUGGGGUGAGGAUCAUGGUCAAAAGGGUUACCAGGUUGUGACAACCGAGUGGUUUGCUAAUUUUGUCUUUGAGGCGGUCGUAGAUAAAAAAUACGUACCUGCGGACGUGAUGGCUGUAUUCAAUCAGGAGCCAAUCGUUUUACCCGCUUGGGAUCCUAUGGGCACGCUCGCUCAUUGAUGUUAAAGUGAUUUAACUAAAUGCGAUGGCAAGCCGUUUUAUUUUACAAACACAAAACAUUUCAAGUAUAACUCGAGAAAACGAAAUAUUUAAUAAAAAUUCCGGGGGCAGUGAUUGUACAAAUAUACCAAUAUUUUAUAUCUUAUACAAGAGAAUGCAGCAGUAUUGAUAAGUGGCUUUGUAUUAAGUCCAUUUUGUUUAUUACAGUAUACGAGGGCAACGUUUAGUUAAAUCAUCAAGACUGAAUACAUGAGUUACCAUAUUUGAAAUCACGAAAUAAAUAUCGUUUAACGCGUGCGUUAAAAAACAGUUUCCGAUAAAAACGGAAGUAUAUUACGUUGCAUCGCAUACUUUAUCUGUAGGCAAUAAUAUAUCUGUUUUUAACAUAAUUUACCAUUAUGAAUAAUUAAAUGUUGUUUCAGUACUUCGUUUUUAACAUGCGUGAAAAACUAUAUCUCUUAUAAACAAAAAUAGACUGCAAAUAAUUUCCCAUCAUAUUACAUACCUGCGAUUUAAUAAAUUUUUUAUCAUUUAAAUGCAGUAUUGUAUGAUAUAGUAGAAGCGCUCGUAUUUCUGUGCAUGUUAAUUUUAAAAAUUCGCACAUGUACACAUUAUAUAAUAAAGCAAUAGAAAGAAAUAAUAUAGAUAGAUAUGUAAAAUUUAAUAAAAACUUGCCGAUAUAAUUAAAAAUUUUU